AUGGCUGAACAAGUCCAAACUUUGAAGAUGGCUACCAUGACCGAAACAGCCACCACGGUGGAAGUACUACCGUCUUUAUCCGCUGCAGACAUCUCGGCGCGUUUAUUGAAGGGCACUCUUCACGCCGGAUACCCCGCAAUCGAGAACUUUAUGACUAUUGAUGGUCUCCUGAAAUCGCAUGCUACUGAGACUGAUGACGCCCGAAGGCCGCUGAUCUGCUAUCCCGUGCGCGGAGCGGCGGACUUUGAAGAACACACUGCUAGUGACCUUGAUCGGUAUACAGAUGUGACUGUUCGAUACUAUAUGCAGAAAGGCCUCCAGACAGCUGACCCAAGUUUGGAGCAAGCGCCCGUUGUCGGUCUUCUGGCAGGAUCUAGCUUUGAAGUCAUCUUGACAUUCUUUGCCCUCAACCGCCUCGGAUAUGCCGUGCUUUUCCUGUCCACGCGGCUGACAGCACCAGCCUAUGCCCGACUGAUGGAUAUGGCAGACUGCAACCAGCUCAUCAUCGUCAAGCAGUUUGAACAAACAGUGACCGAUAUCCGCACCGAGCGACCUGGUUGUAUCAGCUUCCCAAUGCUGCAACGAGAGAACUGGUUCAAUCGCCCCGCUAGCUCUCCUCCAUUCCAGCGAUCAAAUGUGGACUCAGCUCGCGAGGGAAAGAAGAUCGCUUGGAUCUUGCACUCUUCGGGAAGCACAGGUUUCCCCAAGCCGAUCUUCUUAUCAAAUCUCCAAACUCUCGCCAACUUCCGGAAAAGCUUCGCACUUCGUCUUUUCAACAUUAGCCCUUUAUUCCAUUCUCAUGCAUUGAUGGAAGUCGGUCGAGCUUUCUAUACCCGUGCAACAAUGUAUCUGGGAAACCAUUCUCUUCCAGUUACAUAUCAAAACCUGUAUGAUGCGUUGCAGGUCGCCAAACCCGAGCAAAUCAGUGCCGUUCCAUAUGUCAUCAAGUUACUGGCAGAGAAACCAGCCGGUAUACAAGAGCUAGCAAAACCUAAGCUCGUUCUGUAUGGCGGAUCUAGCUGUCCCGAUGACCUUGGCGAUCGACUCGUCGUGCAGGGUGUCAACCUCGUUGCGAACUACGGCGCUACCGAGACCGGCCAGAUUAUGACUUCAUUCAGACCACCCGGCGAUGCAGAGUGGCAGUACAUGCGGCUGCACCGUCCUGUUGCAGACCUUACUCUGAUGGAUGAGAUUUCACCUGGGGUCUUUGAAUGUGUAGCGUUGGAUGGUUUACCGAGCAAAGGACCUUCAAACUCGAAGCCCCCUUUCAGUGCAAAGAACCCGGAGAAUAGCUUCCGCACCGCUGAUUUGUUCACGCGCCAUUUAGAUCCAAACAAGAGUAAUUACUAUAAGUAUCUCAGCCGACUGGAUGACCGGAUUACACUUGUCAAUGGCGAGAAAGUGCUUCCCAUCCCAAUCGAAGGCCGUGUCAGAGAGGAGGAGCUUGUGAGAGAGUGUGUUGUGUUUGGAUUCCAACGUACUGUCCCCGGUGCGUUGAUCUUCCGAGCUGAAGGAAAAGCGCCUAAUUUGAACAACGAGGAAUUCUUGGAGGCGAUUUGGCCAGCCGUGGAAGCGGCCAACGCCCGUGCUGAGACCUUCUCUCGAAUCCCGAAGGAACUCGUUAUCAUCAAGGGUGCUGAUGUGAAGUACCCAGGCACGGACAAGGGAACCUUUAUUCGUGCUCAGGUUUAUCAUCAAUUUGACGAAGAUAUCAAAGCAGCAUAUGCCGGAUUUGAAGGCAGUGGACAGAAGAAAGGAGACCUUGUGUUCAGCGUGUCAGAGCUGGAGGACUGGCUACUGCAGAAGUUUGGCAUUGAUCUGGGUGUUACAAUACCCGGUGCUGAUGCCGACAUCUUCUCGGCUGGUGUUGAUAGCUUGCAGACAACGCAAAUAUGGAGGUACAUCGUCCGCGAUCUGGAUCUCGGUGACCAUGCAGAAAACCUCUCCCAGAACAUCGUCUUUGAGAAGGGGACCGUUCGCGCCCUUGCAAAUCACCUUUACCGGCUGCGUACUGGCGAGGAAUCUGAGGAGGAAGAUGAAAUUCACGUCAUGCAGGAGAUGAUUGCAAAAUACUCACAUUUUACCCAACAUUAUCCAACUAUCGCCAAACAACCCGAGUCCGAGGUGGUCAUCGUCACUGGUGCAACAGGAAAUCUUGGAGCUUUCAUCGUUGCAGAUAUUCUCAAGCGACCCUCAGUCUCGGAAGUCUGGGCUCUUGUUCGUGCGCCUGGUCAAGCAGUGGCAGGUGCCCGCUUGUCCAAAGCUCUGUCUGAUCGAAACAUCAGUCUCACAGAAAACGAAGCUGCAAAACUCCGCGCAAUUCCUGGCGAUCUUUCACAGUCCAAUCUAGGAUUAGACAACUAUAUUCUUGAGCACCUCCUGACAUCUUUGACUUGCAUCAUACACAGUGCCUGGGCUGUCAACUUCAAUCUCGGCGUGCGAUCCUUUGAGCAGCAACAUAUUCGGGGAACAUACAAUCUGAUGAACUUUUGUCUCCGCUCCAAACUCCCCAUCCCUGCAAGAUUCUUUUUCUGUUCAAGUGUGAGCACAGCCAGCAACACUCCAAAGCCAGCGUCUGUCCCCGAAGCAGCAAUUGAUAAUUUAGAUCAUGCCCAAACCAUGGGCUAUGGCCGUUCAAAGCUGGUUACUGAGCAUGUCACCCGCAACGCUAUGCGCCAGACUGGCCUGCACACCCGGGUUCUGAGAAUCGGACAGCUGGGUGGUGAUACCAUCAGCGCCCAAUGGAACGAGACUGAGGCUGUGGCACUGAUGUUCCGAAGCGCCCUGACAACCGGUGCACUUCCAGAAUUGAAUGAGAGACCUAGCUGGUUGCCUGUUGACCAAUGCGCUCGAGCGGUCGCUGAUAUAUCUAUGGGUGUUGCUGAACGCGAUACCGACUUGAUAUAUCAUUUGGUCAAUCCCCAGACAUUUAGCUGGAAGAAUGAUUUGCUUCCAGCUUUGAAGAAGAGCUCAGUUUUACCCAAGUUUGAUAUCGUUUCAACCCAGGAGUGGUUGAAGAGAUUGGCGGAUAGUGAGCAGGAUCCGGAGAAGAAUCCAAGCAUCAAGCUGAUUGACUUCUGGCGAUCAAAAUAUGAGAAUCAUGGGCUGAGUCCCAUUACUGCGGAUGAAAGUGCUGGUCUUAUUUUUGAAACUAGUCGGACUGUUCAAGAUUGCCCGUCGCUAGGCCUGGUGAAAGAUCCUGUUACGGAGGGAUUGGUUCAGAGAUACAUUGAGGCUUGGAUGGAACGAUGGACACAUAUUUAA